AUGGUACGGACGUAUAAGAAGAAAAGUUCGAGACUUAGUUGGUCCAUGGAAAACAUGAAACAGGCAAUUGAUGCAGUCUUAAGCAAAACAGUUGGCUAUAGAAAAGCAGCUAACCUGUAUAGUGUACCACAAACCACAUUAGAGCGUCACGUCGCUAAAAUAAGGAAAGGCGAGCUGUCUCUUGACUCUACUCCAAGUAACUUCAAGCCUGUGUUUUCCAAACAAGAAGAGGAGGAGCUGGUAAAGUACAUCAUAGAAAUGGAGAAACGUUUGUUUGGUUUAACCACUAUCGUCCUACGGAAGCUAGCUUAUCAGCUAGCGGAAAAAAAUGACAAAGCUCACAAUUUUAGUCACGAUAAAAAGAUAGCUGGCGUAGAUUGGUUAAAGGGAUUCUUGAAGCGCCACCCAGAUUUAUCUAUCCGAAAACCGGAAGCUACAUCGGCAGCUCGAGCAAUGGGCUUAAUAAAGUGGCUGUGGUUAAAUUUUAUUCUCUGCUCGCGGAAGUAUAUGAUAAAUAUAAUUUGA